AUUAACAGGUAUAAUGGAGUGACUAUAAAAUCUGAAGAACAAAACCUGGAAGAUAUUCCACUAUUUGUAGAGCAACUUAAAGAGUCACUUUUGAAAUGGAAAGGUGAGAAGAUUAGAGGAAUUUGGUUUCAAGUAAAAAAACAAAACUCGGCUUUAAUUCCUUCAUUAAUUGAGGUAAAUUUUGAAUAUCACCAUGCCCAGCCAGGUUACGUUAUGUUGACUAAAUGGAUCAGUGAUACAGAGCCUAAUGGUUUACCACACUAUGCCAAUCAGUAUAUAGGUGUAGGAGGGUUUGUGGUCAAUGAUAAUAAUGAAUUACUGGUUAUACAAGAAAAAUAUGCUGAUAGAAGACUAUGGAAGUUACCUGGUGGCCAUGCUGACCCAGGAGAAGACUUAGCAGACACAGGUGUCAGAGAAGUAUUUGAAGAAACUGGUAUUAAAACUGAGUUUGUAUCCCUAUUGUGUUUUCGACAUCAACAUCAAUAUAGAUUUGAUUGCUCGGAUAUAUAUUUUGUCUGUUUGUUGAAACCAAUUGGGGGUAAAAUUAACCCCUGUCAACAAGAAAUAGCUCAAUGUACAUGGAUGAAUAUUGAAGAGUAUAUCAAGCUACCUGAUUUAACAGAAACAUUAAAACAUAUUACACAGUGUUAUUUAAAUAUAACAGAGAAUGGUAGUAUAUCAAUAACACCUGAACGCAUCAAUAAUUAUAACAAUACUUGUAAGAAUAACAUCUAUAGUGUAGGACAUAUACAAUUAUAG